ACGUCCUUUCUUUGGUUCGUGUGCAGGUUCUGGUGAAUACUGCUUGCUGUGUUUUGAUGUUGGUGGCUAAGCUUAUCCAGUGUAUUGUGUUUGGCCCUCUUCGAGUGAGUGAAAGACAGCAUCUCAAAGACAAAUUUUGGAAUUUUAUUUUCUACAAGUUCAUUUUCAUCUUUGGAGUGCUGAAUGUCCAGACUGUGGAGGAGGUGGUGAUGUGGUGCCUCUGGUUUGCCGGACUUGUUUUCCUGCAUCUGAUGGUUCAGCUCUGCAAAGACAGAUUCGAAUACCUUUCCUUUUCUCCCACCACACCAAUGAGCAGCCACGGGAGAGUCCUGUCCCUGCUGAUAGCCAUGCUGCUCUCCUGCUGUGGACUGGCAGUUGUCUGCUGUGUCACAGGCCACACACAUGGCAUGCACACCUUGGCUUUCAUGGCUGCAGAGUCUCUUCUUGUGACGGUGAGGACAGCUCAUGUGAUUUUAAGAUAUGUAAUUCACCUCUGGGACCUCAACCAUGAAGGGACAUGGGAAGGAAAGGGAACCUAUGUGUACUACACUGACUUUGUCAUGGAGCUCACUCUCCUGUCCCUGGACCUCAUGCACCAUAUUCACAUGCUGUUAUUUGGCAACAUCUGGUUAUCUAUGGCUAGCUUGGUCAUCUUUAUGCAACUUCGUUACCUGUUCCAUGAGGUACAGCGCCGAAUCCGUCGACACAAGAACUAUUUGCGAGUGGUAGGAAACAUGGAAGCCAGGUUUGCUGUUGCAACUCCAGAGGAGCUAGCUGUCAAUAAUGAUGACUGUGCAAUCUGCUGGGACUCCAUGCAGGCUGCAAGGAAACUGCCCUGUGGACAUCUUUUUCACAACUCCUGCCUUCGUUCUUGGCUAGAACAAGACACCUCUUGUCCAACGUGCAGAAUGUCUCUUAAUAUUGCUGAUGGCAGUCGUGCCAGGGAAGACCAUCAAGGAGAGAACUUGGACGAGAACUUGGUUCCUGUAGCAGCUGCCGAAGGCAGGCCUCGCUUGAACCAGCACAAUCACUUCUUCCACUUUGAUGGGUCCCGGAUUGCGAGCUGGCUGCCAAGUUUUUCAGUUGAAGUGAUGCACACUACCAACAUUCUUGGCAUCACACAGGCAAGCAACUCUCAGCUAAAUGCCAUGGCUCAUCAGAUUCAGGAGAUGUUCCCUCAGGUCCCGUACCACCUUGUGCUCCAGGACCUCCAGAUGACACGCUCCGUGGAGAUAACAACAGAUAACAUCUUAGAAGGACGGAUUCAAGUACCUUUCCCCACGCAGCGCUCGGAUAGUCUGAGGCCUGCACUGGACAGCCCAGUGGAGAGGCCCAGCACUGACCUGGAGGAGGGAGAAGCUUCUGCCCAGACGGAGCGUGUACCACUGGCCCUCAGUCCUCGCCUAGAGGAGACCUUGGACUUCAGUGAGGUCGAACUAGAGCCCAUCGAGGUGGAAGACUUUGAGGCCCGAGGGAGCCGCUUCUCCAAGUCUGCUGAUGAGAGACAGCGCAUGUUAGUCCAGCGGAAGGAUGACCUCCUGCAGCAGGCUCGAAAGCGGUUCUUGAACAAAAGUUCUGAAGAUGACGGGGCCUCAGAGAGACUCCUCCCUUCUGAAGGCACAUCCUCUGACCCCGUGACCCUGCGCCGAAGGAUGCUGGCAGCCGCUGCUGAGCGGAGACUUCAGAGGCAACGGACAACCUAGUGUUUCUUCACCUUCCUCAGCCUCCUGCCCAGCCCUGCCUACCAGAAGAGGCCUGUCCCAGUUCUGCCUGCUGUGUGGAGAGACUUGCGACUGCAUUGCUGUUGCAUAAAGCAUGUGGUCUUUAGUGUGUGGACAGCUGACAAAUUUAAUCCUUUGUAAUACUUUCUAUGUGACAUUUCUCUUCCCCUUAGAAACACUGCACAUUUUAACUCUAGGCAUGGUCUCUUCUGGUGUUGACUGGACUUGUUGGGAGUAGGGGACAAGCAAAAGGAAGUGGGCACCGGGGCGCUCGCCUGCCUGCAGCAGCUAGUUUGAAUUUCUGUUUUGAUAUAAGCCACAGCAGAUGUUGGGUAUUUUAUAGCACCACANCUGGAAGGAAGCACAGAUCCUGGGAGGGUGCAUAACCGCAGUCAGAAGGUGCGCAGCAGGAGCCUGACCCACCACCGUGGCAAGGUAGCCUACUAUUAAAUUCUGUGCUUAGGGAGGAAGNAGCCUGUGUUUCAGAGGCCAGUCCCACAGGCUCUGGACCUCCAGACCAGCAGGGCAAAAUGUAGAAAGANCUGGUUUGGUACCUGAAGUAGAAAGAGGAAGCUCAGGGCUGCAGAACGAGGAAACUCUUUUCUGCCCUUAACAUUCAGGGCCAAUCUGAGCCCCAGUCCCCAGCCAGCUUUACUUCCAUUCACUCCGGUGCUCUUCAUGCAUCACAGAAGCUUGCCCCCAGGGCCACUGCCUCUUCCUUGCCACUCCCUGCUUAAUCUAGGCAUGGGAAGGGGUUGAGUAGCAAACUUUGGUUAUGACUCUAAUUCCUUGGUCUACCCAAUUAGGCUAUGCUAAACACAAUGGGUUUGAUCCUUGGAAAAAGGCAUGGGGCCUGCCCGGCAGGGGCAGGAGUGUUUGGAGGACACUGCUGAAGAAAUACCUUUCGAAUCUUUCUCCCCUGGAGCCCUUCAGUUCCCUGCUUUUGUGUCUGUGGGUCUCAUUAAACAGAAACAGAGGAUGUUGAAUAAUCCACAUGCCUCAAGCAGUCUCGGUCCCAGAUCGUCUCAAAUUCUCCAUGUAUUUAAGGAUUUGAAACAUGCAAUCAUAGGAUACAUAGUUUUAUGUCCCAUUGGAUUAAGGUU